AUGUUGGUACGAAAAUUCAUUCAUCUUAAGAGAUAUGAAAAACAUCUCUCCGCAGGGAACUGGAAGUUUAUUGAGGAGUUCAACGUUAGCCAUUCUAUCGGUCAAAAUAUGACUACCAAACACUGUUACCGUAUUAGUUUUGUGAAAGACACAAUUGUGACUAAUUCUGUUACGGUAUCAAAGUCAGAUUACUUGGAUUUGGUUCCUUACAAUCAGAUUCAUAAUGGCAAGCACCCCCAGAGCAUCCUGUGUGGUACGAAUUUAGUAAUCCUAAACCCACCAGGGGCAGAAAUCCAAGAUUUUUUGAAUGGAUUACCAGAUGAUGGCCUAGCCCUUACUCUAUUGGAAACUAAACCCAAAAAGGAGAUUGUAGCCAAGACCGACGAUUACUGGACCAUUACCCCUACUUCGAAAAGAAAAGAUGACACUAUAAGCGAAGUUUUCGAAGAUCAACAUUCAGCAAAUAAGAAACAAUGCCUAGGCCCGUUAACUAUGGAUGGUAUUUUUCACAAUAUCAGGAAUUUAAACCAGUGGAGAUCUAACUGGUACAUUCGUAUCAUGGUUUUUAAGUCUUGGGAAUCCCAAUCUCAAGGAGAAAGCGAAGUGUUAAACUUCAUCUUUGUCGAUGAAGAGGGUGAUAAAAUUCAUGCUAUAUGUGAUGAUAUUCAGAACCAGCCAUAUUACAGAACAAAACUAAUUGUUGUUAAUCGUUUGGUUGAUUGCAUGUGGAAAAUUCGUCUUCUCGACAACACUGAUGUGAGGAAAGAGUAUGAUGUAACCGAUGAGCAUUACAUGAAAUUUACAAGUUUUGAUGAUGUUCUUGCUGGAAGAUUCAACCGUGUCCUACCUGUUCAUGUUUUGGGUAGGAUAUCUAUGCUUACAGAUAUUGUCAAAGUAAAAGAUUCGGACUUUGGUCAUGUGUGUCAUGCCAACACUUGCAGUCUCAAAUUUGCUAUUCAAAACACACAAGGGACAAACUUAAGUUGCGUUGUUCAUGAAAAACUUGCCCUUCAAAUCACUAAAAAAUGGUGGAAUUUCAAUUCGAACAAUAUGGUUGUAAUCCUAAGUGAUUUUCGUGUGGUCAAUGUUGGAGAAAAUAUUCGUUUGAUUGAUGCGGGAGAAGUACCAACAGUUUUAUACGAUCCAGACAUUUCUGAGGCUAGAAGAUUUAAGCGUGCAUCAAAUGGCAAUGAUGAAGAUUCUGAAUAG